AUGGCAGAUAAAUUGGUGGGUUCAGAAAUCAUCAAAUUAGCAGGAGAAAUAAAGGCAAAAAUAGCGGGUGGAGAACCUAUUUCUAAUUUGACGAUUGGUGAUUUUAAUCCAGGUUUUUUCCCAAUUCCUAAAGAAUUGAAAGAGGAAAUAAUUAAUUGCUAUCAAGAUGAUGUCACUAAUUAUCCAGCUGCUAAUGGGAUGGUGGAAUUAAGAGAAUCAGUCUCAGAAUUUCUGAAAGAAAGAGAAGAAUUAACCUAUUCUGCAGAUGAGUUAUUAAUAGCUGGUGGGGCCAGACCACUUAUUUAUGCAGCUUACAGAGCGCUAAUCGACCCCGAAGACAAAGUGUUGUUUCCUGUUCCUUCUUGGAAUAAUAAUCAUUACUCUCAUUUAACAGCUGCCCAACAAAUUAUCAUCGAGACAGUGGCUGAGAAUAAUUUUAUGCCAACUGCUCAAGAAAUCAAACCUUAUAUCUCAGAUUUAACGAUGAUAGCUUUAUGCUCUCCUCUAAAUCCUACUGGAACUGUUUUCUCAGUGGAACAAUUGAAGGGUAUUUGUGAACUGAUUUUGGAAGAGAAUAAAAAGAGAAAAAUAGCUGGAGUAAAACCUUUAUAUAUUUUAUUUGAUCAAAUAUAUUGGUUAUUGACUUAUGGAGAAACUUCUCAUACCUCUCCAGUAAAUUUAUUCCCUGAAUUAAAGGAUUACACGAUAUACAUAGAUGGAUUGUCAAAAGCCUUUGCAGCAACAGGGGUGAGAGUUGGUUGGGGGUUUGGUCCCCAAGCCGUUAUUAAUAAAAUGAAAUCUAUUUUAGGACAUGUAGGUGCUUGGGCACCCAAAGCUGAACAGAUAGCUGUUGCCAAUUAUUUGAAAAACAAAGAAGCAGUAAAUUCAUACCUAAGUGAGAUAAAGUCUAACAUAGAGCUUCGGCUUAAUAAGUUUUAUGAAGGCUUUUUAUUGCUUAAAGGGAAAGGAUAUUCAGUAGAUGUGAUUGCUCCUCAGGCAGCGAUUUAUUUGACUGUGAAGUUUGAUUUGAUAGGUAAGAAAACAGCAGAAGGUGAAAUGAUAACAACUACUUCUCAAAUCACACAGUAUAUUUUGAAUGAAACUAAACUGGGAAUAGUACCAUUCUACUCUUUUGGAACGGAUCGAGAUUCUACUUGGUAUAGGUUGUCAGUUGGAACUGCAAAUGUGGAUAAUAUUGAGGCUAUAUUUAAACGAAUUGAAGAAGGGCUAGAUAAAUUACAAUAA